CAUUUAACAAUCAUUUUAUGUGGUCCAGGUCCAACAUUGUGGCUCAUUCCUGAUUCACAGAGCAACAAAAACAGAGGACAGAUUAAUCACAUUAAUCACAGCCUGAUUGCCUCUCCUCUUUAAUUUCCCCAUGAAUCAGAAGAAGUCGGUUUGGUACUGCAUCAGCUGAACAACAUCUAUGGAAUCACGCCUUCCGAUUCUUCUGCACGGCUUCUGCUUCAUUUCCCUUGUGUGGCAGAUAAGCUAUGCGCUGGACUCCAUUUCAGCUGGCCAGAACAUCACAGAUGGCCAAACGAUAGUCUCUGCCGGCGGGAACUUUGAGCUAGGAUUCUUCAGCCCCGGCAGCUCCAAUAGCCGGUACGUCGGCAUAUGGUACAAGAAGAUAUCGGCGGGGAGGGUGGUUUGGGUCGCAAACCGGGAGAAUCCCCUGAAUGACUCUUCAGGUGUCCUGAAGCUCACUCCUCAGGGUGUACUGACUCUCCUGAACAGCACCAAUGGAGUCGUUUGGUCCUCCAAUGCAUCGAGAUCGGCCCAGAAUCCAAUUGCACAGCUUUUGGAUUCCGCCAAUUUCGUCGUAAAGGAAGGAAACGACAAUAACUUGGAUGAUGCAAUCUGGCAGAGUUUUGAUCACCCUUCUAAUUCGUUUCUGGCUGGCAUAAAGUUUGGUAUAGACCGAGCCAAAGGCCUGGACCGGUACUUGACCUCGUGGAAAACUGCCGACGACCCUUCACCGGGUGAUUUCACAUAUAGGCUCGAUCCUUCGGGAUAUCCGCAGCUGAUCCUGAGGAACAGAUCAGUAGUGCAGUUCAGGUCGGGACCUUGGAACGGCCUCCGGUUUAGUGGGUUCCCUCAGUUGAGGCCAAAUCCGGUUUAUAGCUUCGGCUUCGUCUUCAACCAAAACGAAAUCUACUAUUACUUCAAUAUUCUGAACAGUUCGGUCCCGUCGAUGCUGGUUUUAAACGAGAAUGGGAUCGCUCAGCGCUUCAGCUGGGUAGACCGGACACACGGUUGGAUAGUGUAUUCGUCAGCUCAAACGGAUGACUGUGACAGUUACGCAUUAUGCGGAGGCAAUGGGAAUUGUAACAUUGCAACCUCCCCGAAAUGCAUGUGCCUGACAGGGUUCUUGCCCAAAUACCCGAGCGACUGGGAAUUCGGGGAUUGGUCAAACGGGUGUGUCCGGAGGACAGAACUGGAUUGCGAGGGAAGAGAUAAAUUUCUGAAGUACACCCAAGUGAAGGUGCCCGACACGAGGUUUUCAUGGUUCAACGAGAACAUGAACCUUCGAGAAUGCGAGAGGACAUGCUUGAGGAACUGCUCGUGCACGGCUUAUUCGAAUUUGGAUAUUCGAGGGCAAGGAAGUGGAUGCCUGCUUUGGUUCGGUGACCUGAUGGAUAUCAGACAGUUCAACGAGAACGGCCAGGACAUUUACGUAAGGAUGGCCGCAUCAGAAGUUGGUGGUAGCAGUGGAAAUCCUGGCGCAAGGAAAAGAACGGGCAUCAUUGUCGGCACUGUGCUGUCCACAGUGCUUCUUCUCGGCAUUGCGGUUGUUUUCACAAAGUACAGGAGAGAUGGAUGGAUCUUUGGAGUCUCUCAUCAAAGCCAUAGUGAAGAUCUAGACUUACCUCUGUUCGACCUCGCAACCAUAGUGAACGCGACGAAUAACUUCUCUGAAGACAACAAACUUGGAGAGGGAGGCUUUGGAGCUGUCUAUAAGGGUGUUCUGAGGAAUGGCCAAGAGAUUGCUGUGAAGAGGCUGUCGGAAAACUCUAGGCAGGGACAGGUUGAAUUCAAGAACGAAGUCGUGUACAUCGCCAAACUUCAACACCGAAACCUCAUCAAGAUUCUCGGAUGCUGCAUGGAAGUAGAUGAAAUGAUGUUGAUCUAUGAGUUCUUGCCCAACCGAAGCUUGGAUUGCUUCAUCUUCGAUGAAGAGAAGGGUGUUUCACUGGAUUGGCGUGAGCGCUUCACCAUCAUCAACGGCAUAGCUUCGGGGCUCCUAUACCUUCACCGGGACUCAAGAUUAAGAAUAAUUCAUAGAGAUCUGAAAGCUGAAAACAUCCUGCUCGACAACGAAAUGAAUCCAAAGAUAUCAGACUUUGGUUUGGCAAGGAGUUUCGGAGGUAACGAGAGCGAAGCGAAUACAAAGAGAGUGGUGGGAACAUACGGCUACAUGUCGCCAGAGUAUGCUAUCCAUGGGUUAUAUUCGAUAAAAUCGGAUGUAUUCAGUUUCGGAGUUUUAGUGCUGGAAAUCGUGAGCGGGAAAAGAAAUCGAGGCUUCAGUCAUCCUGACAGCCAUUUAAGCCUUCUCGGAUAUGCCUGGACACUGUUCAGGGAUGGACAGUCCAUGGAGCUUGUUGAUCCAUCAAUCGCAUCCACAUUGAAUUCCAUGGAAGUUUUACGAUCGAUCCAUGUGUCUUUGCUGUGCGUUCAACAGAAUCCAAGAGAUAGACCGGAGAUGUCGUCUGUGGUUACGAUGUUGGUCAGUGACAGCACAUUGCCUCAUCCUAAACAGCCCGGUUUUUUCAGCGAGGAGUCUUUUUCGGAAGCAAGUUCGUCGAGCGGUGGCCCGCGCCAAAUAUACUCGGCCAACCAAAUGACUAUUUCGUCUGUACAGCCUCGGUGAUGUAUAUCCAUAAUUACAAUUUUGUAUGUAUUGAUCUUACAUGAA